AUGAAUCGUUCACCGUUAGGAGAACGUUUAAAAUAUCAAGAUACAUUUCGUAUUGUUACAGAUAUGAAUAGGUUAAAUGAAAAUCCAAGUGAUUAUGAACACUCAGAACGACAAGUUAAAAAGUUACUAUCCGUUACUGAACGUCAGUUUGUUACAAUAACAACAAAAAAACGAGAACUUUUUGAAUUUGUUAACUUUAUAUGA